AUGUCCUGUUGCUUCACGAGCAUCUCGAAGCCUCCAGCUCUCCACUUUCACACGGCGACAGAGAACAGAACCAGAACAACCAUGAGCAUUUCUUCAAUGCAUACCUCCACUUACAGGCGUACCUUUGGAAGCCCUCACCCCAUCCAAAUGUCCACCUACUCCCCCGUGUCCUCUCGCGUCCCCAUGGCCGUGUCUGGGGGACGCUACAUGCGUUCCAUGUCACCUGUGGUGGCCUCCCGCUCCACCACCUACCACCAACAACGCUCCCGCCCCACCCAGCAGCCCCCUCGCCUCUCCUACGACAAGGUGGACUUCACCCUGGCUGAGGCCAUCAACCAGGAGUUCCUAACCACCCGCAGCAACGAGAAGGCUGAGCUGCAGGAGCUCAACGACCGCUUCGCCAGCUUCAUCGAGAAGGUUCGAUACCUGGAGCAGCAGAACGGCGCGCUGCAGCAGGAGCUCAACCAGUUCAAGGGCCAGCAGCAGCACGGCCAGCCCAACCGAGCCUCAGAGCUCUUCCAAGAUGAGCUGAGGGAGCUGCGGCGCCAGCUGGAUGCUGUCGUCAAAGAGAGGGACCAGUAUCAGCUGGAAAGGGAUAACCUGGCUGAAGACCUGACACUGAUGAAGCAGAGGUUGGAUGAAGAAGUUCAGAAGAGGGCAGAUUCUGAGAAUAACCUGGUCGCCUUCCGCAAGGAUGUUGAUGAUGCCACACUGUCCCGUCUGGAGCUGGAGAGGAAGAUUGAGUCUCUGAUGGAUGAGAUUGAAUUCCUUAAGAAACUCCAUGAUGAGGAAAUCCAGGAUGUACAAGUGAGCGUCCAGACCCAGCAGCUGAGGAUGGAGGUGGACAGCAGCGCCCGCCCCGACCUCACCGGUGCUCUGAGGGACAUCAGGGCCCAGUAUGAGACUAUUGCCUUGAAGAACAUGCAGGAAUCUGAGGACUGGUACAAGUCCAAGUUUGCUGAUUUGACUGAGUCUGCAAAGCGUAACACCGACGCUCUGAGGACGGCCAAGCAGGAGGCCAACGAGUCCAGGAGGCAGAUUCAGUCCCUCAACUGUGAAAUCGAUGCACUGAAGAAUACGAAUGAAGCUCUGCUGAGGCAGAUGCGUGAAAUGGAGGACCAGUUUGGAAAUGAGAUCGCCAACUACCAGGACAACGUGGGCAGGCUGGAGGAUGAGAUCCGUCACCUGAAGGAAGAGAUGGCUCGCCAUCUUCGGGAGUACCAAGACCUGCUCAAUGUCAAAAUGGCUCUUGACAUUGAGAUCGCCACUUACCGCAAACUGCUGGAGGGAGAGGAGAGCAGGAUUACUGUUCCCGUUCUCAAUAUUGGCAUGAGCAAUCACUUUGGAGAUCGAGACUAUGAAAAAACUCCAGAAAAUCCGGGCAAGAGGACUGUGGUGAUAAAGACAGUUGAGACUAGAGAUGGAGAGGUGGUGAAGGAGUCCAGGAGGGAGAAGGAGAGAGAGUCAAGUAAAACCGACAAGGACGACCAGGACGAGUAGAUUAAAAUUCAUGAGAUAAUGUGAAGGCCAGUGCCAUGAUAGAAAAAAAAAAAAAAAACAUUUGAAAGUGGAAAAAAAAUAGACAAAACAAAUUCGAACUAUGUAAUCCUCACUCCUAUUAGUUAUGCGUUUCAUUGUCUGGCAAAGUAUCUCUUAGCAUAGGUGCAAUGUUGGAUGAAUUCCUUUAGACAGUGUCAAUUUGGUGCUAUUUAAGCCACCCAACUUUUGCUAAAUACUUGUGUCAUCUGUAGGGUUAAGCAAAACCACUUUAUUAAUAUACCACUUGAGGCCUUGAUUUACAGUGCAAUCCCGUGGAAUCCUUAGACGACCACACGUUUCUAGCAGAGUAUUAAACUACAGGCUCAAAUUUGUAGUUGAAAUACAGGAUUUUAGUAGUUUGUGUCAUAGAUAUGACUUACUAACAAACUUUCUGACACUGCCUUUUGGACAACACACCUUAAAAGACAGACUGAUGAGAAAUGAACACUUCUGCAAUUUGUUUUAUACGCCUUACUGUCCUUUUGUUGCGCAAACUACCUUUUCACCAAAGACAUGGAUGAAUAAUAAAGUUGUAACACGCAGGAAAUGUUGACACUGAAAAUAUGACAGCCAACAAUUGAGAAGACUUCUGCUGAAUGUGCUUUGCAAUGCUGUGUGUAUCUGGCACGACUGAUGAAAGAAAAUGUACGUGCGAAUAAAGCUAAUUGGAGCAAA